ACCUCAAAUCAAUUACAGCCACUCGGCGCUUGCAUGUGAUUCCCCACAGAUCGCGUAUCGAUCGUCACGUGGGUCGCGACAUCCACCGUGGUCCAUCAACUAGCAUUUGGAAACUUGAAGAUCUACUCAAUCCCUUCAAACAUCUCAUCGCAUCCAUGCUACAUUCCGGAGUCUGUUCGUCAGAUGCUAUGUGUGACAGUAUCCGAGUCGCGCGAUGGCACCGAUGGAAGGUCCUGCUGAUUCGAGGCAGUGACAGUACCGUCAUACGACGGUGCGUACAACCGCGGACGCACUGCCGCUUCAAUAUUUUGCGUUUGGUGCGCGACGGGUGCAUCUAUCACACGUUUGUCAACAUAUUACGAGGCUUCUAUGCGAGCGCCGCUUCCCAGUUCAUCGGACUAUUCGCCAAUGGCCCAUGGGGCCCUCACCCGCUGAAGGUACCUUCAUGAAUUAACAUGAUUCAUCGAGAAUGGGUUCCCGAUCUCGUAAGUACCAGCCCACGUCGGA